AUGCGGCUGAUCAUCACCCUCAGCUAUGUUGGCGUAGCCUGCGCCUCCGUUGCCCAGUUUGUUGGCCGAGUCUCGCCAGGCAUAGUAUUUGGUGGGCUAGAAGAGCGCCAGGUCCAUAUCUGCAACCCCGUCCCCCCUCCUUACACCUGCGAGAGGUCAUGUGGUCCAGGAUAUGCCAAUUGUUUCGGAUUAUGCUACAACGCGGGAGCGGGAGAUGUGUGUUGCUCAGACGGCAGUUCAUGCCCGGCAGGCACUCGCUGUACUGACACGGCUUGCUGCCCUGAUGACGUCUCUCUUGAGGAAUGCGGCGCACACUAUACCCUAACGAUCGUCCCACCUGAUGCGACAACAAGCAUUCCGGAGCCAACCACCGUGGAGGAAACAACUUCUGAAGAAACAACCUUUGUUGAAACUACAACUUCAGUUGAGGCUAUAACCUCCGAAGAACCCACCACUUCGGAGGAACCGACAUCUGAGGCAGCUACCUCUGUCCCCGAGCCGACUGCGGAUACUUCAACGACAGACCUCUUGGUUCCUACCACAUCAGAGCUUGUGUCAACUCCGACUACCCCUACCAAUGGCUCUGCUACGACUUCUGUCGUCGUGGUACCGACCAAUGAUGCCGGCCGAAAUGCAGGAUAUGAUUUGAUGCUCGUUUUUGGAUGCUUUGGUGCUGCUUUAGUUGUUUUCUAA